GGCUCUCUCUCUCUCAGGUAAGAGUUUCUAGGAUCUCUGUAAUCUAUAUCCUAUAAGUUAUGUUGUGGGUUUUGUUUGCAUCUGUAGAUUGUUCAUAAAUUGUUCUUCUUUGGUUGCAUCUCUGUCAUGCUGGUAGCUGUGUUCAUGUAAUAUUUUUGCAAUGUGUAUUCUGGUAAAUGGGUUUAUGUUUACAGUCUGAGUAGUCUCUGUGUUUGUUCUCAAUUGCUUACUCUUAUGUUUACAGUUUACUUGGAAGCUAGUUGCAGAAACCUUUGAAGAGAAACAAUGACAUCCAUCCCUGGAACUGAUGUGAGUAUCUUCCCCUCUAAUCUCUUAUUUCAUCUCAGUUUUGUCAAAUGCUUUUCUUAUUUUCUUGAAUCUUUAAAUAAGAAUAUUACAUGGAGUGACGAACAAACACGCUUCUUUCUUCAACUAAGACUUGAUGAGAAUCUGAAAGGAAACAUAAGAAAACAGAUGGUUAAUGAGGCUGGGAGACAGGCAAUAGUGGAUAAGUUCUAUGAGGCAUUUGGUAUAAAAAUUCCAUGGAGAAAAUUUGGGAUAAAGUACAAUACUUGCAAGAAGCAGUAUGAGUCUUUUAAGAAGUUGACUCGGAACAGAACGGGGCUUGGUUUUGAUUCAACCGGAUUCAUCAACAUGAGUGAGGACUGGUGGAAUGAACGAUGCAAGGAGUGGCCAGGUGCUAGAAAAUUUAAAGACAAGCCGGUAGCAAAUAUGGAUUUGAUGGAGAAGGUAUUUGGGACAGUUUAUAUUAGUGGAGGUGAAGGUUGGUCUGCUCAGCAAGGUGAAGAUGUUUUAGACACAAAGCACUCAGAACAUGAUGAUGAGAUUGAUGGUGAAGAUGAUGCUGAGUCAAGGCGUGAUAUUCCUACUGAAGAAGCUGUUGGAUCAAAGAAUGUUGGCCCCUCUUCUUCUAGGUCAAAGGUUAAUAAGAAAAGAUCAAGGGCUGUACAAGCAGGACAAGCUGUGGCUGAUGUGAUUAGGGAGAGUGUUGAGUCUAGAGACAAGAUUCUUUCCCACAAGAAUCAUCUGAUAGAGAACCAUCCUGAGUUUAGUUGCAGUGAACUGCGAGCUAUGGAGGUUCUUCACUCUCUGCCUGCUAUAAGGAUGUGGUCUCCUCUAUACAAGGCCUCCAUUAACCACGUCAAACAAGAUGCUGCAAAUCGUCAGACCUUCUUGUUCUAUGGAGAUGAUGAGAACAGGGUUCUCUACUUGGAAUAUGCAACUGGAGAAAGCAGAGAUGCAUGAGGAGGAGCUGUUUACGUUUAUGUCUUUGUUUUAGUAUAGUAUGAACUCUAGAAUGAAUCUUGUUGUAAUGACUAUGUUUAUGACAAUAUUAAUAUGAGUUUCACUCUGCUGAAAUGUGUGUUUAUAUUUAUUUUGAAUUUACAGAAACUCUAGUGGAUAAGCAGUUCCUUCAAGCAGCUCUUACACUUCUAGCUUAAAGUCUCCAAGAUACGAAAUGAUGAAUAGUAAGGUAUGAGUUAUAUAGCGAGUUUUUGUCACUGUCUUAAGCUUCUUAAGUUUUGGUCCGUGAGUAAACUUGUGGAGUUUUGUUUCAGUUGGUGAUUAAUAGGACUUUGCCUCUUCCUAAUUGUCACUGUCAUAAUUGCAACCAUUCCCUUUUUUGCCUCUUGUUAUUUCUUAAGCAAGAUAGAUUCUUAUCUUGAUAAACUUUACUGAUGGUUGUAUGUUUUAUGUGGUUUCAGGACACGUUUAGGUUCUUAGUUGAAGAUGACGACAUGGAUUUGAUACUAGAUGAGGAGAAACACAUGUUUGCUCUUUUAGAAGAAACGUAUGGAGUGGCAGAAACAAAUACUAACAAACAGUUAGUGAGGACAAACCGAGGUGGAGGUUGGCGUCGAGUGCAACGUUUCAUGAACGAUUCCGAGGUACAGUGCUAUGAGAUUCUUCGCAUGAACCAAGCAACGUUUAAUAGCUUAUGUAAGAUACUAUCAGAGAAGUAUCAGCUAGAAGAGACUUGCCAUGUUUACUUAGAGGAGAGUGUAGCAAUGUUUUUAGAGAUGGUUGGACAAGAUUUAUCCGUACGGGCUUUAGCUGAGAGAUACCAACAUUCAUCUGACACAGUGAAUAGGAAGAUAGAUGAGGUUUUAAGUUCUUUGUUGAAACUUGCAGCAGACAUUGUGAAACCUGAAAGGGAUGAGUUUGCAAGUGCUAGUCCUAUUCUAGUAGAUGAUCCGCGAUAUUAUCCUUUUUUUAAGGAUUGCAUAGGUGCUUUAGAUGGAACUCAUGUGCCGGUUCGUCCUCCUUCUGAGAAUGCCGAUCCAUUCAGAGGUAGAAAAGGAGAACCAACUAUGAAUGUCUUAGCUAUAUGUAAUUUCAGCAUGAAAUUCAUAUAUGCUUAUGUUGGGGUUCCUGGGAGAGCACAUGAUACAAAAGUGUUGACAUAUUGUGCUAAGGAAGAAGCUUCUUUUCCUCAUCCUCCAGUUGGAAAGUAUUAUCUAGUAGACUCUGGAUACCCAACUAGAACUGGUUAUUUAGGACCUCACCGUAGAACUAGAUAUCACCUGGAUCAGUUUGUUAGAGGAGGACCACCGACAAACAGCAGAGAGUUAUUCAACCGAAAACAUUCUGGCUUGCGUUCGGUAAUUGAGAGAACAUUUGGAAUAUGGAAGGCUAAGUGGAGGAUUCUUGACAGGAAGCACCCUAAGUAUGAGCUGAAUAAAUGGGUGAAGAUUGUGACAGCAACAAUGGCUCUCCACAAUUUUAUAAGAGAUUCAAACCAUGAGGAUUGUGAUUUUUCACAUUGGGAAAGAGUGGAAGAAUAUGAACAUCAUGGGGAUGAAGAUGAUCAUGUUGCAUACGUACCAGCUGGAGAUAGAGUCAUGGAAGCUAUGCGAGAUUCCAUUACUGAAGAGAUGGCGAGAGGACGUCGACUUCCAUACUAGAUGUAAGUUGUUUGAUAAGUAAUUAUUUGAUGGUGUCUUUUGAAGCUCUCUCUCUUUGGGCUUUGUAAUGUGAAUUGAUGAUCCCUUUGUGGCAAAUGCUUAUUCUCGUUUUUUUACUUCUUCUUUGUGACUAGAAGCAAGCUGUGAAGAAGGAUUUGUUUCAGUUGUUUGCUGAGAAAGUUAGAGACCACAAGGGGUUGGAAUCAAGAUGGGCUGUUAUGGAGCUCACGUGUGGGUUUGUAAUUUUGUUUCCCUCUUCUUUCUAUUCACUUCUAGUAUGAGUUUGUAGUUUUGUUUCCUUUGGACCAAUUGAUAAUGCAAACUCAUUAUCCUUUUAUGUUUUUAUUUACCAUGAUCUAUUUAAAGUUUUUGAGACUAUCU